UGGUGGAGGGUAGACGUGCGCCGGUGUUCCUCUCCUCUCCUCUCUGUCUGUCCUUCCCCCACCACUCGCCUGCGUUACUUGGGCUAAUGUGCAGUGACUCGAGGCUACCCAAGCAACAAGUGUGGUCGUGAGAAAGAUAUAUAAGGUGCUAUUUUACCCAGAAGCACUCCGCGUCCAUGCUGUGCCACCUGGGCAGUGGGUGUCAGUGUCAGUGCUAGGUGGCGGCGCCGUGGUGUGAGUGGCGCCAGCUGGCGCGUGUGAGUGACCCGCCCUUGUGUGCGUGCCCGUGUUGGUGUUGUGUGGUGACCUGAGCGUCGGUGUGUUGCAUGUGAGCCGUGCCUGGCCGCCUGUUGCCUCCAAGGCUGAGUCACACCGCCAGGGCGCCGCUCCGCUGCCCCCGGAUGGGCACUGUUGCCGCCGGGUGCCUGAGGGUGGCGCGCCGCUAAGAUGGCUGUGCAUCGCACCAGCGCCCACCCAUCUUGAACUGCCGCCCGACAAACUCAUCAUGAUCCCGCCUACGCCAGCAUGCGCCCCGCCCUGCUCCCCGGGGUCGACAGCAGCCCGUCCCAGUCCCUGGGUCACGCUGCUCCCCCCUCCCCGUCUGCACACCCACGCCCCGCCCCCACACUGACAAGCCCCACUACGCCCUCGCAGGAGCAUGGGCGUCGGCAGCGGUUGGGCGGGCCCGCUGAUGCUCCUGCUGCUGCUGCUGGCCUGCCGCGCCUCCCCCACCAUCACGUCCGCCCGGCGCCCGCGGCUGCUGAACCUGAGUCGUGUGGCGCGGCCUCCAACCUCUCCAGCGGGGCUCCCUGUCCCGCUGGCGCGGGGACAGAUGCAGUACACGCUGGACCUGCUGGCCUCGCCGGCCUCUAGGGAGGGCACGGACGAACACGAGGACGCCAGACUUGCCUCCCAGUUGACGGUCGAGGCGCAGCUGCUGCCAUGGGCGGUGGGCGUGGGUGCUGGCGGGGGCAUGGGCUGCCUGGAGGCAUCUGUAGCCACGCGCGCCGCACACCUCGCCCUGCAGCACCACCCGCCCCCCGCAGGCGUGGCGCUCCUCGUCUUACCGCCUCCUCCAGACUUCACGUGCACUGAGCGACAUGGGGUUGAGUUCCUCCUGACACAGAUGAUGUCGCCCUCAACUCGCGCGCUCAUUGGUGGAGUGGAACCAGGCCUGUGCAGGGUAGCCAAUCACCUUGCGAGGAAAUACGACAAGCUUUUCCUCUCCUGGUCCUGUCUGGAGAUACCAUCACGGGAGGUGGACCGGGCGCCCCCUCCCCGCACCCAGACCAGGGAGGAGGAGGAGGAGAACGAGGAGAAAGAGAACGAGAACGAGGAGGGCGGCAAGGCAGAGGAGGAGACCAGCGGUGAAAACAUCAACAACAACAACAACAGCGGCAGGGACUCUGAGGCAGAAGCGGGGGACAAGGAUGAGGAAGGACGCGGCAGUCACCUUGCCCUAGUGACGCCCACCAGCCUGCAGGUGGCGAGGGCCAUGCACGCCGCCUUGGCACACCUGGGCUGGCGACACGUGACCAUCGUGACGCUAGACUGGAGCUACUGGCGGGGCGUGGCUCAUCAGCUGGACGUGCAGCUGAGGGCACACAACAGUCUGGUGGCCGCCCUGGCUGUGCUGCCGCCCGUGCCCUCCCAGACUAACAUCACUCACGUCUUCUCCUCCUCAGCCACACGCUAUGUCAAGGCGUACCUGUUGGUGGUGCCGGCGUGGUCAGCUGUGGUGGGGCAAAUCAUCAGGGUGGCAGAGAUCCAGGGCGUCACCCGUCACGCAGCCUUCCUAGUGUGUGACCCGCUGUUCGCUCCAGUACCCGCACCCGCCACGCCUUCAGAACACACCCCAGGACAGCCUUCAAGAUUCGAGGGGCUGACACAGUUAACCAGCGUCCCUGUUGAAGCUGCGAGGGGCGUGAUGGUGCUGGCGGCGGCUGGCGGAGGGCGUGGUCAGGAUGCGUCACACCCACACGCAUCUACUGCCGCCGGGGUGCCGCAGGACGGGAAGCUACUGACAGCGGGUAGCGGGGACAGACGGAGGGUGGUGCCUGCCUCGCCGCCGCCGCCGCAGACUCAUCAUCAACCUCCUGCAGAAGUGGUUGUGAAUAAGUCCAUGGAUUAUGAGAGGUCUGCCGUGGUGACGCGCCUGGUGUACGACAGCGUCAGUCUGCUGUCCCACCUGCUGCGGGCCAACGUGGGCGCCGUGCAUCUGCGCAGGCAGCCUGCUGGCGCCACCAAUCUCACCGGGGAAGAGCUGCGGCCCAGGGAUGGCGCCAAGGCUCUGCGGCGGCGGCGUGCGGGUGGCGACGGCAAGAUGCCACGCCCGCGCCAUCCUGGAAGCCAGCGUGAACGGGGCUUCUUCCAGGGCUUUCCGCGGCUUGGAACAAAGUCCAGGAGGAGCCGCAGCCCGCGUGGGAGAGGAGCGAGAGCGGGCGGGGAGCCGCGUGAGGAGGAGGAGGAACGCGAGCGGGAGAGGCUGUACUUCGAGAUGAAGACCCUGGACAAGGCGCGGGAGGACGAGGAGUUCGAGCGGCGGCUGGAGAGCAUCAUUGGGUCACGGCGCAUCUCCUCCCCGGUGGGCGACGCAUCCUGGGUCCGCGAGGGCUCACGCAACAGAUCCCGCGCUGUGGAGAUGCGCAUCAAGCAGCCUACAUCCUUCCCGGGGAUGCAGGGGCGCGGCGCCGUGGCCCCCAGCGGGGAAAGGAGCUUCGACUUCUUGCUUCUAGACUGGCUGCCUUCUUCCGGUCAGCUCUCCGUGGUGCUGGCGCUGCAGGCCGCGCCCCCGGGCGUCGCAAAGCAGGCAGGGGUGGACGAGGACGUGUUUGAAGUGGUGACAGAAUCUGAGAUCGACUGGGCCUACGACACUCUCGUGCCUCGAGACCAAGACUGCGGCGGCGGGGCCAUCUGCGGCUACAUGGCGGCAGCCCCCCUAGCGCCGGGAUACGUGGUAAUGAUAGUUCUCUGCCUGCUGUUCCUCAUGGCCGCCUGCUGUGGCUGUGCGGCCGUCAUCAGGAAACGCAUCCGACAAAAGGAGAUGAGUCGGGGUCCAUACAAGAUUCUGUUGACCUCCUCUGAUCUGACGCUGUCCUCCCGCCCCGACAGCGCGCACAGGAAGGUGGGGGAUUAUGUCUGCAUAGCGGGCUGUGUGCUGUCAGUGUUGCCUGGGUCAGCUGGCCCCGGCGAUCGACCUGACCUACUGAGGGGAUCGCUAAGCUCCCCUCACCGGCCCUCGCCCCACGACUCCCUCCUCUCCACCGCCUCGCACGUCAUCAACAAGGAGGGGGAGGAAGCCAAGGCCAAGUACAAUGGAGACUUCGUUCACGUGAAGUACUUCCACGUCCACGCCGGCGGCAACUUCGAGGUCAAGAACCGGACAAUGACUCUACUAAAGCAGAUGCGUGACCUCCGCCAUGAGAACAUCAACGGCUUCCUGGGCAUGCUGUGUGACCCGAUACGACCCGGCCUGGUGAUGGAGUACUGCAGUAGGAAGUCACUCGAGGACAUCAUCAGGCAGGAGGACAUCAAGCUAGACUGGUCAUUCAGGCUCUCUCUUCUCACUGAUCUUGUUAGGGGGAUGCGGUACUUGCACGGCUCCCUGCUCCGCCACCACGGCCGCCUCACGUCCCGCAACUGUGUGAUAGACGCCCGUUGGGUCCUCAAAGUGACUGACUAUGGACUGCCAGGCAUCUAUGAGUACCAGAACCUCAACCAGCCGGCUCGUCCUCUACGUGACCUGCUGUGGAAGGCCCCUGAGCUACUGAGGGACGAGAGUCUGAUGGCCAAGGGCACUCAGGCGGGGGACGUGUUCUCGCUGGCCAUCAUCAUGCAGGAGGUGGUGGUGAGAGGGGCGCCCUACUGCAUGGUACAGCUCUCCCAUCAAGAGAUCAUUGCCCGCCUGAAGAAGCCGCCGCCCAUGAUCCGGCCGUCAGUCUCGAAGGGCGCUGCACCGCCUGACGCCAUCAACAUCAUGAAGCAGUGCUGGGCCGAGCUGCCUGAGAUGAGGCCUGACUUCAACCAGAUUAAUGACCUCUUCAAGAAGCUGAACCAGGGCAGGCGGCAGAACAUCGUGGACACAAUGUUCCAUAUGCUGGAGAAGUACUCGAGCAACCUGGAGGAGCUGAUCAAGGACCGCACCGAGCAGCUCGACCUGGAGAAGAAGAAAACGGAGCAGCUGCUGAACAGAAUGCUACCCAGCUCCGUGGCCAACCAGCUUAAACUUGGCAUGCCUGUAGCGCCGGAGGAAUUCGAGGAAGUGACCAUCUACUUCUCAGACAUCGUGGGCUUCACCAGCAUCUCGGCCUACUCCACGCCCUUCGAAGUGGUGGAUCUCCUCAAUGACCUGUACACAGCCUUCGACUCCACCAUCAACCACUACAAUGUGUACAAGGUGGAGACGAUCGGUGACGCUUACAUGGUGGUGGGAGGGGCGCCCAAGAAGAUUGACGAUCACGCUUCCCAGAUCGCUACCAUGGCCCUGGACCUCCUGCACCUGUCCGGGAAGUUCAGGAUCCGUCACCUGCACAACAUUCCCCUCAUGCUGCGGAUUGGUAUUCACACCGGGCCGUGCUGUGCUGGCGUGGUGGGGAUGACCAUGCCUCGUUACUGCCUCUUCGGGGACACCGUCAACACCGCCUCCAGAAUGGAAUCAACAGGUUCCGCGUGGCGCAUUCACGUGAGCGAGAAGACGUGGUCGGUGCUGCGGGACGUGGGAGGCUACCAUCUGGAGUAUCGCGGUCUCACCAAGCUCAAGGGCAAGGGUGAGAUGAAUACUUACUGGCUACUGGGCAAGGAAGGCUUCAAUAAAGAGCUGCCUGUGCCUCCAGAGAUAGGUUACUCCCACGGGCUGGACGAGGAGCUGGUGCGUCAGGGGCGACAGCACUACAUGAACCGGCGGGACUCGGCGGUGGAGUCCCUCACCACGGCGCGGGGCUUCAGCUCCAUCCAGGCUGCGCGGCUCCAGAGUUUAGCUGACGAUGCUGCCGAUGGAACCUCGCACAGUGGCUGUGAAGGCAUCGCAGGUGCACUGCAGGAGGACGGGGAGGCAUGUGUGGGUGGGGGUGUAGGAUUGGAGAGGGACCAAGGGGAGGCAUCUUGUGCUGGGUUGCCCAAUGGCCGGGCGCUGGGGGGUGCCGCCGGGGCCGCUGGUACAGGUCCUGAGCCUUUCAGGAGCAACAAAGGCAAAUCUUCCUCAAGUACAAAGUCUGCAUCAAAAAGUAGCUGUAAGAACAGAAACCAAAGCGCAGUACCAAAGAUUCCGUGUGGCAUGGGCGUGCAGGGAGUGCGGCGGCUCUCCAGGGACAGCAGUGACAACUCCCCAAUAGGGCGACCCUCCUCAGUGCCGCCACUCUUGGAGAACCAUGUGGCUCACGCACCAGAGGGGCAAGGCUGUGAGUCCCAGCGGGGCAGUGGCCUGCGAAGCCACCCACUGGAGGAAGGCAUCACGUCCACUCCCCGGUGCUCCACCCCCACCAGGAGUCACCCAUUGCAGGAUGACCCAGAGGAGGCAGCGCUGCGGCCAUCCUCUCUGUCUCGAGGAUCGCGGCGGGAGGCCUCGCGGGGCACCACCGCUGCCCCUCAUUCCACCUCCCCGCCUGUGCUGUGCCACAACAAGAUCUUCCCUCAGCACGGAGGGACAGGGUCUGGGAUGGAGGACCAGUCCGCCUCCUGGGGCCACACUCCCUUCCCCUCCUUUCUCCCUCAGCCAAGGGAAGGGGCGGGUAGGGGCCAGCAAGCCGGCACAACCGUUGAGUGUCAGGUGCACCCCUUCCUGCAAGACGCACCGCCCUCCCCAACCGAGUCCACCAUGUUGUGACCCUGGCCACCCCACCACGUUCCACACCCCCCAUCCUGUCUCCCACCCCCUCCCCCACCACUCCUACCAGCGUGUCAGCAGUUAUCCUUGGAUGGAACGCUGCUCUCCACUAUACUGUUCAGGUGCCCCUUCACUCUCCCUCUCCCUCUCCCUCAGUCAGUCACAAGAAACACAGUUCUUCCCUCCAGCUCUCACUGGAGUCACUGCUCGGGCUCUUCCCUUUUAUUCUUCGUUUAAUUCCUUUCUAUCAUCAAGAGCAUGGCAGUCUUUGUAUUAUAACGUAUUCCUUUGUGCCACUUAGCAUAUAGUGUUCUGCUAAUUCCCGUGUGUGUGUGUGUGUGUGUGUGUGUGAGUGUGUGUGCGUGCGUACGUGCGUGCGUGCUUGCGUGCGUGCGUGUGCGUGCGUGCGUGCGUGUGUGUGUGUGUGUGUGUGUGUGUGUGUGUGUGUGUGUGUGUGUGUGUGUGUGUGCGUGAGUGUGUGCGUGCGUGUGUUGCGUGGUUUACAUUCAGUAGCAGUAUCACCAGCAGUGGGACGGACCCUCGGUCACCUUGCACUACCACCACCAUCACCACCGCCACACAUAUCACACGCCCUUCCCAACUCCCCUUCCUGCCCGGCCCAUCAGAGCGCUUCCUUGUUCCCCUCGGCACGGGCACCCCUACCUUCCCCUCCUUGACGUGGCGGUGGGCGGCGUGGGCAGGGUGCAGGUCCUCCUUGUAGGACACUGAAAACACUUGUCUUAGUUUUACUUUUAGAUGUAUUCCAGCUGCAACUUUAGGACGACAUAGUUGUCACAGAAUUAGUAUUGUAUGUACAGUUACUUUCAUCACCUGACUGUUUUCGUUCCCCACUAAGAACUAACUAUUUUUAUAGUUUUCACUUCAUCACAUCUUUCA